GCAUCGUGAGGCUGAACACCAGCCUUCAUAGCCUGGCAGUCCAGUCGCUCUCGUGUGUUACUCCGUCAGGUUAGCUCCACUGAAUUUUGUAGUCUCGUGUCGAGUCCUCGGCGAUGAGAGCGACGAUGCAACGGCAAAAGCCCGUCCGGAGAGCUUCGUGAUGCUCCACAGUAGCUCCCCGCAUUGCUAUAAGAGCUACAAUAGCCCCGCCCUCGAUACAGAAUGCCAAUCGAUUCAGCCUAACGUCAGGUAUUCGCCGUAAAACCAUACCGCAUACAACCAUGUCCAGGCCUCAGCACAUUCGAACUGCUUCAACAAACCUAGUUGGCUCCAGCCAGCGUGCUCUGGAAGGCAAGAUCGCGCUUGUGACAGGAGCCUCAAGAGGUAUCGGUGUUGAAGUUGCUCGCAACUUGGCCAGUAAAGGCGCCAACCUUGUUCUCAACUACACCUCCAAUUCCUCCGAACAGGCCGCCGAAGACCUCGCCAGCGAGCUACAAGCCGAAUAUGGCAUCAAAGCUAUUGUCGUACAAGCCAACAUGGGCUCAGAGACCGGGCCUAAGCACAUUGUCGAGGUCGCUGUGAACAACUUCAAGCAUCCAAAGACUGGCAAGUUCCAGCUGGAUAUCAUCAUCAACAACGCUGGUGUGGCCGGCAACAACUAUGUCGAGCACGUGGAUGCGGCAGACUUCGCGAGACAAUUUAACGUCAACGUACGAGGCCCGCUGCUGCUCUUGCAAGCCGCGAUACCCUACCUGCCGAAUGACCGCUCCGGCCGCAUUGUCAGUCUGUCAUCAGUCAGUGCUUCAUUGGGAUACAAGGGUCAGUCGAUCUAUGGAGGUUCCAAGGCUGCCCUUGAGGCGAUGACAAGGACUUGGGCUCGUGAGUUGGCCGAGCGCGCCACCGUCAACGCUGUCAACCCUGGGCCUGUUGCGACCGAUAUGUAUUGGAGUAAUGACGAGAAGUUCAUCGAGGCAAACAGGCCAUUCAUCGAAACUACUCCCCUGGCGGCACCAAGGAAAGGCAUCGAUGAAGAGAGGAUCUAUAACGCGUCACAAGGGGCUGGAGGACGGCCGGCAUAUAGUAAGGAAGUUGCUGGCAUAGUGGGUAUGCUGUGCUUGCCCGAGGCUGGAUGGACGACUGGUAGCGUCAUUUGUGCGAACGGUGGCAUGAAGUUUAGCGUUUGAACGUAGCAGGCGACUUCCGGGUAUGGAAAUCAGGACGUAAAAUCAUCCCUUGGUUUGCUCGCCUAUUUGGCGAAGAGCUUGGACAGGUUUGAUGUGAUCGACCUCCAAAUCUGCAAAGCGCGCGGUCCGUCUGCAAGGACCAAAUCAUGGCAGACUUCAGAAGCUCUCUUUUAUAGUUUGUGUCUCUUGAGCAGCCAAGACCUGCAGUCAGUUCACCUGCUAUGCAAGAGGCUGUCUUACCUUCCUGCAUCGUAAGCCGGAUGAAAUAACAGUGUUCAAGAGCGAUUUCCAUGGACCAUUACAAUUGCAUAUGCAC